UAGAGUAGGACUCCAAGAUUCACUCUCUGGCUAAUCUCUUUCAUAUUCGCAAAACAAAAGACUAGAGGAAAUAGGGGUUUUUCAACUUACGAAAUGGCAACGGCCGGGCGUAUCAGAUCGAACCUGUCUCUCUUUAGCAAAGUUAUCAGAUCCGAUUCUAUUGCUUCUCACCGAUCCAUUCUUCACCCACAGUUGUCCAAGAGUUUUACGACGGCCUCAGGGAAAGAGGAGAAAGUUAAGGUUCCUGUGGCUUUGUUUGGGGGAUCUGGAAACUAUGCCUCUGCAUUGUUCCUUGCAGCUGUGAACGCUAAUUCUCUUGAGAAAGUUGAGACCGAGCUUGUUGAACUUGUUGAGGCUUCAAAGAGAGCUCCUACAUUUGCUCAGUUCAUGAAGGACUUGGCUGUGCCUGCAGAGACAAGAUUUAAGGCCAUUAAUGAAAUCUGCACUCAAGCUAAAUUGUCAGAGAUUACAAAGAACUUCUUGGUUGUGUUGGCUGAGAAUGAGAGGCUGAGAUACCUAGACAGCAUUGCAAAGAGAUUUGUGGAGUUGACCAUGGCACAUAAGGGAGAAGUGAAAGUAAUUGUCACAACUGUCAUUCCUCUCCCUCCACAAGAGGAGAAAGAAUUGAAGGAAACGCUGCAAGAUAUACUUGGACAAGGGAAAAAAGUUAAGGUUGAACAGAAGAUUGAUCCGAGCAUUCUUGGUGGACUCGUGGUAGAGUUUGGGCAAAAGGUGUUUGACAUGUCUAUUAAGACUAGGGCACGACAAAUGGAGAGGUUUUUGCGUGAACCUAUUAACUUUGGUAUCGUUUAAGGUGCCAAUCAUCCAAGCCAUAGAUUUCCAAGUACUUCUGCAUAAUUUGGGAUGCUCCAAGAAGAAAAAGAAGUAUUUAUAAUCUUGUUUGAUCCUUAUCUGCCUUUUUUAUUGGUGGAAUGCAUCCUUUGGAAAAUAAAAGUUACUUUUUCUCCA